CCUUUACCCCUCCCAUCUGCCCGUUCCCUGUCUUCCUUGUGCUGCCCGACGCCUCCCAUUUCUCUCCACCCCUGCUUAAAUGUGAAAGCUUUACCACCUUCUUCAUUCACCACCUCCAACACCACCACCUAUCCCUCCCUCUGGGUGGUAGUGGAUGAUUCCGGUGGACCUCCGCCACUCUACUCCCCGACAAUCAAGCCCUAUAAGGUAGGAUUAAAAGAUGGGGCAGGGGCUUAGUUGCAGAGUGCAAGAGAAACAUGGGUUAUUCACUGCUGUACAGUUUGGGGAUUUGAAGCUUGUGAAAAGCCUUCUUGAAAGAGAUCCAUCUCUCGUUCAACAAACUACCUAUGAUCGUAAUUCUGCUCUUCACAUAGCCGCUGCCAAUGGCCAGAUCGAGAUUGUUUCUCUGCUUUUGGAAGAUCAAUCAGUGAAUCCCGAUGCUUUGAAUCGUCAUAAAAAGACUCCAUUAAUGUUGGCUGCAAUCUAUGGGAAGAUCAGUUGUGUUGAAAAGCUCAUUGAAGCCAGGGCUAAUAUUUUGAUGUUUGAUUCACUAAACGGAAGAACAUGCUUGCACUAUGCUGCUUAUUAUGGUCACUCCGAUUGUCUUGCAACCAUUCUUUACGCCGCACGGACCUCCCAUGUCGCUGCUUCUUGGGGAUUUUCAAGAUUUGUGAAUAUUAGAGAUGGUAAAGGGGCAACACCUUUGCAUUUGGCUGCACGUCAAGGACGUCCACAAUGUGUUCAUUUACUUCUAGACAGUGGGGCUCUUGUCUGCGCAUCCACUGGUAGAAAUGGCUUCGCUGGUAGCACACCGCUUCAUUUGGCUGCAAGAGGAGGUUCAAUGGAUUGCAUCAGAGAAUUAUUGGCAUGGGGUGCAGAUCGACUUCAAAGAGAUGCAUCUGGGAGAAUUCCAUAUUUGGUUGCGUUAAAGCAUAACAACGAAGGGUGUGCAGCUUUGUUAAAUCCAUCAUCUGCAGAGCCUUUAGUGUGGCCAUCGCCAUUAAAAUUCAUUAGCGAGCUUAAUCAAGAUGCAAAAGCUUUGCUAGAGCAAGCUCUAAUGGAAGCGAAUAGAGAGAGGGAGAAAACAAUCUUAAAAGGUACAGGGUACACAGUACAAUCACCAUCACAUCAGGAUACUGGAUCCACCGAUGAUACUAUUUCCGAGGAAAGUGAAACGGAGUUAUGUUGUAUAUGCUUUGACCAAGUAUGCACAAUUGAGGUCCAAGGUUGUGGGCACCAAAUGUGUGCUCAAUGCACCUUAGCCUUGUGUUGCCACAACAAGCCCAACCCAACAACUUCAUCCCAAACUGCACCCGUUUGUCCCUUUUGCCGUAGCAACAUUGCCCAAUUGGUGGUUGCAAAAGUCAAAGUCAAAGUCAAUGCUUCUGAUCAUGAUCUUGACCUUGACCUUGACCUCUAUUCGUCCACAAAGGUGCCAAAAUUGAGAAAGCCUCGGAACUUAAGUGAGGGAAGCAGUAGCUUCAAGGGUUUAUCGGGUGUGCCCUCAUUCGGGAAAAUGGUGGGCCGUGGAUCCGGGAGGAUAUCACUGGAUAAUGAAUGCAUCAACAAACCAUGAAAAUUAGUUAAAAAAAAAGUUAGGGCUUUUGACAUGUGGCGAGCAUGGAUUGGUUGAAGAAAGUCAGGCCCGGUUGGGUAUUUAUGGAAAUAUGUCUUCUUAAGGAAUAAGCAUAUAACGAUAUAAGCAAAAGCUAAAGCAAAAUGUGAUUUUUUUGCAUAUUUGGGAUGGUGAGUAUUGUUUCUUUUGUAAUAUUCUUAUGAAUCAAGAAGGAGCAUAUGCCUCUUUAGAAAGUAUUCUUUAAGAUUGUUCUUUAGUAGAUAUGAUAGGUAUAACCUUUUUCCCUAAUCACAAUUCUCAAAUUGUAACCCGUGCAUCAAAAGUUGUAAAUUGAGUUUGGGGAAAAGGGUUGGCCAACUCAAAAGUAGAAAAUGAGGUGUGUGGUAGAUUGGACCCCACCUUUUGUAAGUUUCUUGCUUGAUUGAGUAUGGAGUGUAGUAUUGUAUAAUGUAAAAUCUUGGCAGUUUUCAUUAUUUUUAUUUGUACAAAAUGAUUGAAGAGUUCAGGGGCAAGUCAUGACUCAUGUGAUCAUGUCUGUUGGUGGCAUUAUUAUUUACAUAAUUUGG